GGGCCCCCGGAAGUGGGGCUGGUGUGAAGCUGGGCACGAGGCACCCAGGAGGCGAGAGCUGGUGGAACACUCUCAGGGCACUUACUGGGUUGUACAGAUGAAGCUGCUCCUGGCCCUAGCAGGGAUCCUGGCCAUUGCAGCCUUGCCCCAGUCCUCUGAUGGUGCCACUCCAGCUGUGCUGGGGGAGGUGGAGACCUCGGUGGUGCUGAGCUGCAUGGAGGAGGCCAAGCGACUAGUGGACAAGGCCUACAAGGAGCGGCGGGAAAGCAUCAAGCAGCGGCUUCGCAGAGGCUCGGCCAGCCCCAUGGACCUCCUGUCCUACUUCAAGCAGCCAGUGGCAGCCACCAGGACAGCUGUGAGGGCCGCUGACUAUCUGCACGUGGCCUUGGGGCUGCUGGAGAGGAAGCUGCGGUCCCUGCUGCCAGGGCCCUUCAAUGUCACUGACGUGCUGACACCUGCUCAGCUGAGAACGCUGUCCACGGCAAGCGGCUGCGCUUAUCAGGACGUGGGGGUGACGUGCCCAGAGCAGGACAAGUACCGCACCAUCACCGGGCACUGCAACAACAGACGCAGUCCCACACUGGGGGCCUCCAACCGGGCCUUUGUGCGCUGGCUGCCGGCCGAGUACGAGGACGGCUUCUCGAUGCCCUACGGCUGGACGCCCGGAGUCAAACGCGGUGGCUUCGCAGUGCCGCUGACCCGCGCCGUCUCGAACGCGAUCGUGCGCUUCCCCAACGAGCAGCUGACGAUGGACCGUGAGCGCUCCAUCAUGUUCAUGCAGUGGGGCCAGUUCCUCGACCACGACCUGGACUUCACGCCUGAGCCGGCCGCGCGGGUCUCCUUCAUCACUGGCCUCAACUGCGAGACCAGCUGCCUGCAGCAGCCGCCCUGCUUCCCCCUCAAGAUCCCGCCCAAUGACCCCCGCAUCAAGAACCAACGCGACUGCAUCCCCUUCUUCCGCUCCUGUCCGGCCUGCACCGGAAGCAACAUCACCAUCCGCAACCAGAUCAAUGCGCUCACCUCCUUCGUGGACGCCAGCAUGGUGUACGGCAGCGAGGAUCCGCUGGCCGCCAAGCUGCGCAACCAGACCAACCAGCUGGGGCUGCUGGCUGUCAACCAGCGCUUCCGCGACAACGGCCGGGCCCUGCUGCCCUUCGACACCCUGCACGACGACCCCUGCCUCCUCACCAACCGCUCCGUGCGCAUCCCCUGCUUCCUGGCAGGGGACACCCGCGCCAGCGAGAUGCCUGAGCUCACGUCCAUGCACACCCUCUUUGUGCGGGAGCAUAACCGGUUGGCCACCCAGCUCAAGCGCCUGAACCCCCGCUGGAGUGGAGAGAAGCUCUACCAGGAAGCCCGGAAGAUCGUGGGGGCCAUGGUGCAGAUCAUCACUUACAGGGACUACCUGCCCCUAGUGCUGGGGCCAAGAGCCAUGAGGAAGUACCUGCCCAGGUACCGAGGCUACAAUGACUCUGUGGACCCACGCAUCGCCAACGUGUUCACGAACGCCUUCCGCUACGGCCACACCCUCAUCCAGCCCUUCACAUUCCGCCUGGACCACAAGUACCGGCCCACGGGGCCCAACUCCCGUGUCCCACUCAGCACGGUGUUUUUUGCCACUUGGAGGGUAGUGCUGGAAGGCGGCAUUGACCCCAUCCUCCGGGGCCUCAUGGCCACCCCUGCCAAGCUCAAUCGCCAGAAUCAAAUCGCGGUGGACGAGAUCCGGGAGCGGUUGUUUAAGCAGGUCAUGAGGAUCGGGCUGGACCUGCCUGCUCUGAAUAUGCAGCGGAGCAGGGACCAUGGCCUUCCAGGGUACAACGCCUGGAGGCGCUUCUGUGGGCUCCCACAGCCCAGCACAGUGGGUGAGCUGGGCACGGUGCUGAAGAACCUGGACCUGGCGAGAAAGCUGAUGGCGCAGUAUGGCACGCCCAACAACAUCGAUAUCUGGAUAGGGGGCGUGACCGAGCCCCUGCAACCCGGAGGCCGCGUGGGCCCGCUCCUCGCUUGCAUCAUCGGCACCCAGUUCAGGAAGCUCCGGGAUGGUGAUCGGUUUUGGUGGCAGAACAGGGGCGUGUUCAGCACGCAGCAGCAGCGGGCCUUGGCCAAGGUCUCCUUGCCCCGCAUCAUCUGCGACAACACAGGCAUCACCACCGUGUCCAAGAACAACAUCUUCAUGUCCAACUCCUUCCCCCGGGACUUUGUCAACUGCAGCUCUCUGCCUGUUUUGGACCUGGCUUCCUGGAGGGAGAGGGCCUAGAGACCGGGGUCUACCUGGAGGGCACCUGGGGCCCAUGGUCCUUCUGUACCAUUUGUACCUAAUGCUUACGAUAAUAAAGCACCGCCCAUCGGCUCUCAGUUCUGUCCCUGUCUGCAAAGGGCUGGCACCUCAGCAGGAGAGGGGACAAAACCCUGUCCUGUGGGGGGGGGGGGUAGGAGACAGGGGAGGAGGAGUAGCAGAGGUUUGAUGGGCAGACAGAUGCUCCCUAGAUGGUGGGGACCCCUGUCCCCAGAUGGCAGGAACCUCUGCAUUUGCAUCCUUGCAGCCUGGCACAGUGAUUCAAUGGUCCAGAUUCCUUCUCACUCCUGGUUUCUCAUGGCCAGGUCUCCAGGGCAGAGGCAGGGGAUGGCUGGGCCCAGAAUCAGACCAGGGCUGAGAGGUGAGAGAGGAGGGCGGCACACGCCCUAGCAGUCCUGCCUGGAGCUUGACAUAGAAUCUGACUUGUGGGCCUCUUCCUUCUUCCCUCUUUUCUUCCCACACAUGGUAGGGGGUGGCUACAGCUGGGGGAGGGAAGGCGUGAAGGACGCUGGGGUCUGACCUGCUCCUGGGGCCUCCAGGUCAAGCUGGGCCCUCAGUGUGGUGAGCGCAAGAGAAAUCCUCCUCCUACCCAUUUCAUGGUCGGGGAGUGGGCUUCUGCUCCUGGGCUCUUCCGGCUGCACGGCUAAGGCCCUCCCACUCCCACUCCCACUCCCACUCCCAUCCCACCACGCCAGGCAGGGCUCCCUUCCCCAGCCUUGCCUCACAGCCUUGCCUCACAGCCUCGCUUGGCUCUACCCUCACCUUGCACAAAAACGUUCUUCAAUUAAAAAGAACAUGUGGGCCGGUGCCGCAGCUCACUAGGCUAAUCCUCCGCCUUGCGGCGCCGGCACACUGGGUUCUAGUCCUGGUCAGGGCGCCGGAUUCUGUCCCGGUUGCCCCUCUUCCAGGCCAGCUCUCUGCUGUGGCCAGGGAGUGCAGUGGAGGAUGGCCCAAGUGCUUGGGCCCUGCACCCCAUGGGAGACCAGGAUAAGUACCUGGCUCCUGCCAUCGGAUCAGUGCGGUGCUGAUUGGUGCCAUUGGAGGGUGAACCAACGACAAAGGAAGACCUUUCUCUCUGUCUCUCUCUCUCACUGUCCACUCUGCCUGUCAAAAAAAAAAAAAAAAAAAGAACAUGUGAGGGCUGGUGUUGUGGCACAGUGGGUUAAGCCACCACCUGCAAUACCAACAUUCCGUAUCAGAGUGCUGGUUCAAGUCCUGGCUGCUCCACUUCUAGUUCAGCUCCCUGCUGAUGGAAACAGGCAGUGAAAGAGGGCCCGAGUGCUUGUGCUGCCCAUGUGGGAGAUCCCGGUGGGGUUCCAGGUUCCUGGCUUCUGUCUGGCCCAGCCCUGGCUGUUGUGGCCAUUUGAGAGAGUGAACCAGCAG